CGGAGGACUGGGGCUUGGUCUUGAAGUUUUCAGAUGCAUCUGUAGAUGAAUCAUAACAGCAUCAAGAUGUCGGGACGAUCGGGCCGCGCUGAGACGCGAAGUCGGGCUAAAGACGACAUCAAAAAGGUGCUAGCGGCCAUCGAGAAAGUGCGCAAAUGGGAGAAGAAAUGGGUGACAGUUGGUGACACGUCUUUACGUAUAUUCAAGUGGGUGCCAGUGACGGAAACAAAGCAGAUAUAUCGCACCAAAUCCACCGGUGGAGAAGUUAGAGGCUUGAAAGAUGUGGUCCUGGAAAACACCAACUCUCUACUGGAUUUUACUGAUGAAAACAGCAACCAGAGCUUUCUGUCGGACGUUUACCAGCCUAAAAUGGAUAACAGCAGCAGCACCUCCAGCUCGCAGCAGGUCAGCCCUCCUCAUGCCUCCAGCCUGCGAGCUGAAGACUCCCAGCCUCCAAUGCUCGGCCAGGAGAGCGUGGAUGAGCCAGUUCACUCAGGACAGGAGGGCACAGAUGAGCCACCCACUCUCAUCAAGGAGGACCCUCUAUCAUCAGGAACUGUCAGACGGAGCACCCCAGACACCCAGGAGGAACUGGAUGAAUCAGGAGCCCCUCCCUUAAAGAAGAUUUGCACAGGAGAGAACGCUGUUCUGAGAUAGCUUAUUUAUGAUCGUUUUGUCAAAAUGCACACAAAACAUGUCCUCAGUUGUUGUGAGAUUAGCAAAGCUUUGACAAUUAUUCUGGAUCUCUUCAUAUAUUUACGCAAAUAUUGCUUAUUUUAAAUUCAGCUUUUAAGAAAAUGUGUAUUAACUGCAAAAUCUUCUAUUUUCCCCCUACUUGAAUUGAUAUUUGAAGUCAUGCUGUGUUUCGUUUUUCAUCUUGAAAAGGAGGGGGGGGGGGCAUUUUGAACUGUAUUUCGCAGGCUUUGUGUAUUUUCAUGCAGUUGCUGUAAAUGUCUGAUUUUCCUGGCAGCCGCAGCUGAAAUGAUGCAUGUUUCCAUACGCUGUUGCUUUAUUCUGAAGGUUUAUUGGCGAUUUUGAAAAGGUGUUAUUUGUGAAGCUUUAUGCAAAUUGCUGUUUUUAGAUGUGCCAUUGUGUAUUAAAUACAGUGCCCUCCUUUUAAAAAAAAGAAGCUUCUUUUGGCUUAUCACAUGCAAGAAUAUGAUUUUUUUUAUAUAUAUAUUGCUCUAUAAUAUUAUUUGCCCAUGUUUAUAACUGAACACAUUUUGUAAAUCAUAAUAAAUGCGACUGUUCAUUUUAA